GCAAGGAAGAAAAAAACAUAAUUUCUUCUGUUGGCUUCAUUUUUUCCGAUUGAAAUGGUGGCGGGGACUGGAUGUUGCUUCAUACAAUCGACCUUGGCAUCAUGUUUCUUAAGAUCGCAAUAGAUUUCCAAACUGUAAGAAACCUUUUGAUGUUCUGACCUGACGUUCUUUCUAGGUUUCAAAAAAUCUGAAUCUUCAAGGCUCGAAAACGAUGAAUCCAGGAAUUUCAUCUUUGAUUGGAUUGAAGGCAGCAGCCUUGUUUUCUCUAUUUCUAUUUCUUAGAUUUCUUGGCUUCAGAUUGUUAUCGUUUCAAUUCCUGUACGCCUCUUUAGUUUCUCUCUUGAUUUCAGUUGCUUCUCUUCCAUCGAUUAAUCUCCCCCUGCUUUUGGGGAAGAAACCGGAUGGAACUUUUCCGAUUUGGUCCAUCGUCAUUUUUGCUCCGUUUUUGCUUUUCAUUCGAUAUCUUCCUUCAUUUCGUGGAUUAUACCUUAGGGAGGAUCCGUACACUGAGAUUUCUGAGGGUUUAUACGUCGGGGGGUGGCCUACUUCACCUGAUAGAUUGCCUCCUUGUAAUCCUGCCAUUGUUGAUUGUACUUGUGAAUUGCCUAGGUGUUUGGAUGUCUCUGGGGAUGGUUAUUUGUGUAUCCCGACUUGGGACACACGGUCCCCUUUGCCUGAAGAAAUUGAAUCGGCCGUUCGGUGGAUUUGUAGAAAGAGAGAGCAGAAGAAGCCUGUGUUCAUCCAUUGUGCUUAUGGUCAUGGAAGAAGUGUCGUCGUUACAUGUGCAGUGUUAGUAGCUCUUGGAGCGGCCGACGAUUGGAAAAAUGCGGAGAAGAUAGUAAAAGAAAAACGACCUUGCAUUCACAUGAAUUCUACUCAAUGCAAAGCCUUGGAAGAAUGGUCGAAACAUCGGUUAUCCGCUCCGAUGAAGAAGAAAGACAACGAUGUGAGUUGUAUGCUUCUUUCCGGUAGCUAAAGAGCAAAAGGAUGAAUCUAAUAGGUCAUUUCCAACCCCCGUGUAAUCUUGUAAGUUGGAUAGUUCAACCUUGAAGAGUAGUUAUAGUUCGGGUUGGGUUGGUCUAGGUUAUCGGGUUGAAUGUACACCCCUACUAAUCACAAUGAAAAUAUUUUUUAUUUUUAAAAUAUAGCACAAUAAUUUCGAGAAUACGAAUU